AUGACCACUACCACUACUACUACUACUACUACUACUACUACUACUACUACUACUACUACUACUACUACUACUACUACUACUACUACUACUACUACUACUACUACUACUACUACUACUACUACUACUACUACUACUACUACUACUACUACUACUACUACUACUACUACUACUACUAUUACCACUACUACUACUACUACUACUACUACUACUACUACUACUACUACUACUACUACUACUACUACUACUACUACUACUACUACUACUACUACUACUACUACUACUACUACUCACGAUCCAUCCUUGCAUAUAAUGUAUUGA